CUUGUGUUUAGAACGAAGACCGGUUACGCCUAAAGCACAGCCUAGUUGGAACGAACCAAGACUGGUCACGCCGACGCUCGACAUUAAUCUCUCUCUCCGUAUCCAUUGUGCCCUUUCCACCAGGACCACAUCUCUCUCUCUCUCUCUCUCCCGACGGUUUGUCCUUCCAUCUUCAGAAACAGCGGGCAUGGGCUCCAAGCAAAAGCGUCCAAGGCCCAAACUCGAGCGCCGAAACGCUAUCAGGAACGUCGACUACUACGCGCCGCCGUCCCCUUCCUCGACAUUCGACCAUGACGAGUCUUCGCCGGCCUCCGGUAUCCGGUCUCGCUCUCUCGACCUAUACCCGAAGCAAACUAGCUUUCGAGUCAGAGGCAUAGAAGGCGAAUUUGAACUUAUUUGCCAUUCUUUAGGGCUUUCCGGUCCCGACGACUUCUCUAUCCCUGCCGCCGCCUGGGAGGCCCAAAAGGCCCGCUCUUCCUCUGACCUCGCCUCCCGCUCUCGCCUCCGAGAUCACACCUCUUCCGCUAAACCGGCUCAACCGGAGCCCGAAGACGAUUUUUCAGCUGAAUUUCAAGCCAGGGUUAGACUCAGUGCGGAGUGCGCCAAGCAGAGUAGUUCGAGUUCGGCUAAACUCGAGAGCAGACUAAAGGUUAUUUCUGAUUCGGUUACUGUGGGGCCAAGUGGAGGAAUCAAGGGCUCCCGGCCUCCGUUCCUGAGUCCGCCGCCGGUGUUGAUGCGUCCAGUUGUGGAUAACGUGAGUUCCACUUGGGAUAUACUAAAUUCAUUUGCUCCUCGAGACGACGUCGUUUCCAAUCCGCCUAGUCGCGAUGCGGAUGUUAGCUUUUCGGAUGAAGACGAGGCAACUGAAGAGAAUGGGGUGUCUAGUGGGGAAAUUGGCAAAAGGGAAGAGUCUCGUUUCCAAUCUUGUUCUCCUAGAUCGAAUGAUAAUAGUAAUGCUAAUGAUGAUCACGAGGCUACUAUCCAUACAUCUAGCGUGAUUAUGGUGUAUACUAUUUCACCCAGUGGACAUUUCAGACGCUCCAUUACGUCGUGGCAAAAGGGUGAACUUCUGGGAAGUGGGUCUUUCGGAACCGUGUAUGAGGGCUUCACCGAAGAUGGCUUCUUUUUUGCUGUAAAGGAGGUUUCCUUGCUGGAUCAAGGAAGCCAGGGCAAGCAGAGCAUUUUCCAACUUGAGCAGGAGAUUUCUCUUCUAAGUCAAUUUCAACAUGAGAAUAUAGUUCAGUAUCUUGGUACAGACAAGGAUGAAAGUAAGCUUUAUAUCUUCCUUGAGCUUGUAACAAAAGGCUCACUUGCAAGUCUUUACAAGAAGUAUCAGUUGAGGGAUUCUCAAGUCUCUGCUUACACAAGACAGAUCUUGAAUGGAUUGAUGUAUCUUCAUGAUCGGGAUGUGGUUCACAGGGAUAUAAAGUGCGCUAACAUAUUGGUGGAUGCAAGUGGAUCCGUAAAACUAGCAGAUUUUGGGUUGGCUAAGGCAACCAAAGUGAAUGACAUUAAGUCUUCCAAAGGGACUGCAUUCUGGAUGGCCCCUGAGGUUGUUAAUCUAAAAAACCAUGGGUAUGGGCUUGCAGCUGAUAUAUGGAGCCUUGGAUGUACUGUUUUGGAGAUGUUGACUUGCCAGCCACCGUACUCUCACUUGGAAGGCAUGCAAGCGCUAUUUAUGAUUGGCAGGGGUAAACCUCCUCCAGUUCCUGAUUCGUUAUCAAUAGAUGCCCGCGAUUUCAUCCUCAAAUGCAUACAAGUUAACCCAAAUGAUCGGCCUACGGCAGCUCAGCUAUUGAACCAUCCAUUUCUGAGAAGACCUCUUCAAAAUUCCUUUGGCCCUGCUUCUCCUCACAGCAGAGGCAUGCGGUCCUAAAAGCUUAUGAACAAUCAGUGAUGUUCUAGUUGAAUUGUCGGUAAUCCUGCCAGCCAAUGCAGUUUACAUUCUACAGCAGGAAAUUUCACAAAACAUUGUGGAACCUGUUUGUAAAAUAAUCAUAGGGACCCGGUACCACAAUAUUUAGUUUCUUCUAUCACCAAAUCUCAUCAAACAACCAAAGGUAUCGGUUCCACAGGGGAGGUCAAAAGGUGGCCGUCGGCUUAAGAACUCACCUUGUUUGCAGUUUUGUGGAAGACCGGCAGUGCUGCUUGAUGCUGCAAUGUGGCUCAAUAUUAGUGGGGGGAUCCAUGAAGUAAGGAAACUCUGAGCAGAAUGGUGAUUAGCCCUGUUAAUAUUAUUGCCAUUGGAACCCCUGAGCAAUUGCAUCAAGUAGAGAGGCAGCUGGAGGAGCAACCUUCGUCCGACCAUUUUUAUAGUUUUCAAGUGUCAUAUAUAUAUAUAUUUUGGUUUUUUCUUGUGAAACAGAGCCACCAUGGUUGUAAUUAGAAGUAAUUAUAGAAUUAGUUUGACGCAUGUAGGUGGUAGGGAAAAAGGAGUUUUUGGCUAAUGAAAUGUACAUAUAUUUUUUUAAUUGUGUAUAUAUAUUGUUGUUUUAUUUUCA